AGCGUGUCAGCAGCUGGUGGAGGAAGCAGGGGUGGAAGAGAUACAUUCACUCGGUGUUUUAUUAAUUACAUUUGCUCAGGCCGCCUCCGUGCACACUAUGUGGCAAUAUGCCACAGGAAGUCACAAAUCACAUCUGACUAAACAGCCAUCAGUUUCUGCAACAUCGGUAUUGCAGUCUGGAGCGAUCUUCACAGCACCAUUCCUGAUAAUAUGACGACAAAGACAACGAUGAACUUUUAUCAGGCUUUGCCUAAAGUUGAACUCCAUGCUCAUCUCAACACCUCAAUCAGCACUACUACCAUGGAGAAGCUAAUACAGCAGAAACCACAUCUCAACAUUCAGCAUAACAUGACAGCAAUCAGAAAAGGCCAAAAAAGGACCAUGGAUGAAUGCUUUGAGAUGUUUAAAGUAAUACAUCAACUAACUGUCAGCAUUGAAGACAUUUUCAUGGUGGCCAAAGAGGUCAUCAAAGAGUUUGCAGCUGACGGAGUAAAAUACCUUGAGCUACGAAGCACACCACGAGAGGAAAGCACUACAGGAAUGACCAAGAAGUCUUACGUCGAGGCAAUACUUGAAGCUAUAAAACAAUGUAAACAAGAGGGUGUGGACAUCGAUGUAAAAUUUCUAUUAUCCAUAGACAGAAGACAUGGACCAGUAGUUGCAAUGGAAACCAUGAAACUUGCAGAAGAAUUCUUUGCAUCUACUGAUGGACUGGUAGUUGGUGUGGAUCUAAGUGGAGAUCCGGCAGUAGAACAUGCCAAGAAUUACAUUGUCCCGCUUCAAGCAGCUCGAAAUAUAGGACUUAAGCUUGCUGUACACAUGGCUGAGAUUCCCCAUCAAAAUGAAGAAGUGGAAUUGUUUCUUGGUCUUCCUCCAGACAGGAUUGGCCAUGGUACAUUCCUUCACCCUGAAGUUGGAGGUUCAGAAUAUCUGGUUGACAUCAUUAUCAAACAUCAAAUACCUAUUGAGCUUUGUUUGACAUCAAAUAUCAAGGGUCAAACUGUAUCUUCAUAUGACCAGCACCAUUUCAAAUACUGGUACAAUCGUGGACACCCCUGUGUAAUUUGUACUGAUGGCAAAGGUGCUUUUGCUAGCGACCUCUCACAGGAGUAUCAGAUAGCAGAAACAACGUUCAAUCUUUCUAAAGCUCAGAUAUGGGACAUUUCUUAUCAGAGUAUUAAUCACAUCUUUGCUCCAGUGAGUGUAAAAUCUGACUUGAAAAGACUAUGGAAAGAUCUGAAACCAGGAUUAUUUAACCAAUAUGAACUGCAGAUUGCAUGACGUGGACAACGCUCUUGGCUUCGUUUUCCUGUAGCAGAUGAAUACUCUGGAAACAGACCAAUGAAAGCAUAUCAACAGUUCUACAAAAAAGUGAUCCUCCAAUGUGAGCUAUUGUCCCAACUGUCUUCCACAUCAUUGACAUUGUUUUGGUUGAUUUAAUAGAUUCCUCAAAAUCAGAAAUAUAUACAGAAUACAUUUCUUCUUGUCAUCAUAGGAGUAAUUUUACAAUGCAUGACAACGAAAAGCAAAUUUAUUCUGUGUAAUGUAUUUGCAUUGCUUGUAAUUCAAUGUUUUGAAACAUUUUCCUCUCAGAUACAAAAAUGCAGCAAUCUGACCUGAUUGUCAAAUAAGACUAUUAGUCUGUCUCUCUGUGUUCUCCAUUGUAGGGGCAAGCUAACAAUGCACUUUACAGUCUAAGGAAUUACAUUUUCCUCAGUAAACAGAAUAUUGCUUUUAGACAAGCUUUAUUGAUUAUUGAUGGAGCUGCAUUCACCCAAAUGUUUCACUUCCGGAUCAAACCAAAUUCUUCAAAAGUGAUAGAUUUUCAUACUCUGAAAAAUCUUUUAAAAUCGGGCUUGUUUUGUUAAUCAAGCUGAGAGUCGGGGAGGCAAAGUACUUCAGUAGUUAAUAAGCAAAAAGAUAUUAUGACAAUCACCUCUCUGUACUCUGCCAUUUCAAACUUGCAAAUAAUAUUCAAAUGCCCAUUGAUUCAAUUCAACUGUUUUCGAUCAAGGCCAAACAACCUCUUUGAUUAAACCAGUGACAUUUUUUAACAAAACUCACUGAGUGAAUGUAAUCAAAAUAAUCAUAUGUUAAAAAUAUGAAAAGAUUGCUUUAGUCCUUUUAUCUCUAAACAAAUAAAUGAUGUGUAUAAAUCUACUUUAAGUAUAA